AUGUUUGUUAUUUCCCAUUUAAUAACAGUAGCCAUAUUUCUUGUACAACUUAUAAUUUUCAUCGAAUUUUUCACGUGUCAUUCAGCGAAUUUUGAAAAAAAAUGUCAAAUUACGUCGAUCUUAAAGCAUUAAUUCUUUUUGUCGGCGUGGAAACGUGAAUAUUAAAGCGAAAUUGUGCUAAAAUUCACGGAAAUUUCAGCGUGCUCUGAAAUUCCGUUUUGACCUGUGACGUUCUCUUAAAUUUUGCCUGGAUACUGACAAGUUCAGAAUAUUCAUUUUACGAGUACUUGUUGGAAAGAAGAAAAAUAAGCUAUUUCGCAAGGUAUUUUGUCUACAUAAUGCGGAAUGUUGUCAUCGUCAAUAAAUGGCGACACGAACAAUGGCUCAACUGGUCAAACAGACAACCUGGAUGUGCUUUUCAAAGCAGUUGAUUUAGUUCAGAAGAACCCUAUACCUGAUGUUGAUUCCUUCCUGCCCCAUCCAGACCACAACUAUUGUGCCCGACCAUCACCAUCUUCAAACACCAAGCUCUUAGGUGUCCCUACGAUCUUAGGUCUAAAGCCAAGAGAUCAUAAUUAUGUUGCGCCGCCUCCAAAAAGUCCAAGAAUCAAUGGUCAUCAGCAAGACGAAGAUACAGAUGACGCCCAAGAAACAGUUGACUUACGAUUAGAAGAUUCGGCUUCUUUAAAUGGAGAUAUCGGUAGAGAGGAGACCCUAAGCGACGUGUCUGAUUAUGGUGGUGAAGUUACGAGAUGUAUAUGUGGCUUACAACAUGACGAUGGAUUUAUGAUUCAAUGCGAUAGAUGUAGAGUUUGGCAGCAUUGCAGGUGUUUCGGUAUAUUUCCAGACAAUGUACCUGAGUGCUACUUAUGUGAAGGAUGUGAUCCUCGAGAAGUUGAUACCAGUUUUGCUAAAAAGCAACAACAUAUAUAUAUGAAAACGAGAACGGAUCUAUUCAAAAGUGAAGGUAGGGGUCGUGGUCGUAUUGCUGGCAGAGGUCGCCCAAGUGGACGGGGUGCAAGGACAACUAACAAGCUCAUAAAACCAAGACGAUUUCGGCGGAGAAAAUCGGACAACUUCAAUAUAAUGAGUAUUGAAGUUCCUCCACGAAUGUGCGAAGUGAUGGAAAUUAUGCCUGGAACAAAACACGUUGAGGCUAGUGAGGAUAUUCGAAGCGGGACAACAAUAUUAGAAUACAUAGGAAAUGUUCGAGAAUGCUCGAGAACAGAAUUAAUGGACAUAAUGAGAGACGAAUUAUUUUUAUCUCGGUUGGUCAUUUACUCCAGUCCCGAACUUGACAACAGUAUCGUUUUGUUUGCUGAUUUAAGCGAAGGGUGUGAUAAUAUUGCUAGAUAUGUUAGACGGUCUUGCACACCAAACGCUGAACUUCGGCAUUUCUUCAAAGAUGAUAACCUGCAAAUGUUUGUCGUCGCUUCGCAGAGCAUUUCAAAAGGCAUCGAAAUUAGUAUACCUUUCGAUUACGAUUAUAAAUCGGUACCAUUCUACACUCAUUGUGCUUGCGGAAAGUACAACUGUCCAAUUGAACGUUUUAUGAGAAGAAAAAAUUCCAAAGAGGAGGAAAAAGACGAAGAGGAAGAAAAAGAGGAACGCGAAGAAGAAAUUUCUGAGGAAGAAGAGCUUCCAAUUGAAGAAACACUUCCAGAAGAAAUUAAAAAAUUAGAAGAAAAAAUCGAAGAACCUGAAAUUCCUGAACAUAUACCGAAGACCCCACCACAGAGAAAGAAAAGACAUUCAAAAAACCAAAUUGUGACGAAUGGUCAACCUGAAGUGGUAAGAAGAAGGAACUCAUCAGCGGGCAGCGCAAAUUUUUCUAAGAAAACUCCACCGAUUUCACCACAAAAAGAUCAAACUGCCGAAGAAGAUGAUAGUGAUGAAGAACUCGAUGCAUCUCCUGAACCGAAAAAGUUAACAAGAGAAGAACGAAAAAUUCAGCAAUACGUUCAUUUGAUUCAAAUGAAUGAAAAAAGAGAUGCUCGGAAAAAAGAAGGACGUCAGAAGAGAACAGCAAGAUUUACAUCAGGAGAAGACGAGCAGAAACCGCGGGAAUAUUCGACAAGAGGAAGAAAAAGAAAGAGGGGUGGCCAGGGCGGACGUCAUCAAUCAAGAAAGAAUAGCCAAAGUUCAGUAGAUCAAUCGGCAGAUGGCGCUACAACUGAUGAAUGUCAAACAAGCGCGCCCGUUACGCCUGCAUCCUCUGAGCCAGUAGGGAAUUCAUCAUUUUGCUUUUCGAGAAGGAAGCACAUUAUGAACGAGUGGCUACAAGAAAAAAAGAACGAAGAAAGCAACUUGACCAGAGUGAGAAGAGCCUCCUCUCCAACUAAUAUCAGUCCUGAUCAGUAUGGAGCUGGAGCCAGCAAAAAGAGAUGGUUGAAACAAGCUAUGAAUGAAAAUUGCAGUUCACCGGGAAGUGACAGUGCAGUUCAAACGAGUAGACCUUCCUCUCCUCAGCCGAUACUUUCUUCUUCCGAGCGUUUAGGCCCUUUGAAAAAGCGUCGUUUCCCAUUGGAAGAAUCUGAUGCACCGGCUCAAAAUUCCACUUCGAAACAAUCUGCUGAAGUACCUCUAAGUCCUCCAACGCUUCUAACUCCAGCUGAAGUAAUAGGCGAAACUGGAAAUGAUGGAGAUGAUGAGGGUGGUGGUGGUGAUAGAACAGAGGAGAGAGAUGAAACUGAGAGUGACGAUAAUUCAAGAUCACCUUUAAAACGCUCUCCUGCUAGACCAAAUGUAAAUGAUGCACAUUUAAGUUUUCUAACCUCAAAGUUUGGUGGCGGAGGUAGUACUUUUGACGAAACUCCGUCGACACCAACCCUUGACGAGCGAGAAACACCACCUGAAGGUAAUACCCCAGAGAGACCUAAUUCGGAACCUGAACGAACCAGCAGGUCCGAGGGUAAACGAACUCUUUCACUAGAAGCUUAUAAAACAAGAAAAAAGCAACAAGGUAUUGCUUUAAAAAGUGACACACAAGAGAGAAAGAAAACAGCAGCUGAAGACAGCUCAACGAAGUCGCCAUCUUCCAGCUUACCUCCGCCCCCUAUAUUGUUCAACAUGGAAGAAGACACUCCACCUCCUCCACCUCCCCCAAGGCGAAAAGAGGUGACACUGGAGCCCUUACCAAUGUUUUCAAAGCCAGAUAGUACCCAAUUAUCUUUAAACGAAAGAUUAAAAAAGUGCUUCGGUGUUGACGUAGAAGCUGACGAUGAGGAGAGCACAAAUCAAAGAUCUGUUGAUAAAAAACAACAAUCUAAUCCUGCAUUGGCGCAUGAUGUUCGACAACAGCGAGCCCAUUAUUACCCAGCUCCACAAAAUAGUUCAUUGGGUUUUGAUCAACAAAAUCACCGCCAGCAUUUUAGCCGCUCGAGAUCACAUCAUGAUCAUAGGCGGCCUUCACCCAGAUUUGAUACCCACCAUAGACUCGAUAUAACUAAUUACCAUCAGCAACACCACCACCAAAAUUCUUAUAGACAACGAGGUGGAAGCGAUCAUAACUCACAUAGAGGGCAAGUGAGUUAUUAUGGACAUCAUGCGCAGCAUCAUGGAACAGGAUCAGGAAAAUAUUCUUCUUCAAGGGGCUAUUCUCAUCGUGUGAGAACAACGACUCGAUGAAGUUUGUUGGUGUAUAUUCAUUCUUCUAUGUAUGUAUAUGUAAGUAAGAAACAUAUACAUAUGUGUAUAUAAUGAGAAUAUAUAUUAAUAUAUAUAUAUUCAUUAAAGAUAUAGAGAAAAAAUAUUUACAUAUAAAUAUAUAUAUAUAUAUAAAUGGUCACUUUCAAUUUUUAGUGGAAGUGAGUGCUUUGUGUGUAGGCGUGCGUGAGCGAAAGUGUACAGAUGUAUAUUUAUAUAUGUAUAUUUUUAUAUAUAUAUUUAUAUACAUUUAUAUAAAGUUCGAAAUUGUAUAUAUAUAUUUACAUG